AUGGCUACCAAACAUGCCUUGAAAACGACAUUUGAUGUCGGUCGCGUCUUGAGACCUAUUUUCACCGGCGGGUCGGUGUCAAUUGACAACGAUGCUCGGAUUCUUGCGACAACAAUCAGUGAGGAUGUGAUUCUCACUGAACCCGGCAGCGGGAAGCAUCUGGGCAGUAUUGAAGGAGAUGGAGAAAACAUCUCAACCUUGGCAUUAACUCCAAAUGGAUCUCAUCUCAUCGCCUGCUCUCGCUCGCUAUCCAUGAGGAUCUUUUCGCUUAAGCGCUCAGAUGAUGGCAACACCAUUGAACCCGUCCUACUUCGUACAUUGAAGCCUCAUUCCACGCCUGUCGUGGUUCUAGCUGUUGACCGCACCAGCACUCUGCUGGCUACUGGAGGGACUGACGGGACGAUCAAGGUUUGGGACAUCGUGGCCGGAUACGUGACGCACACAUUCCGUGGCCCCUCUGUCUUGGUUUCGGCACUGCACUUUUUCGAGGUUGCUGCGCGGGCAGCCGAUGCUGGGCGCAGCAAGGGGAAGCGAGGUUCCAAGGGCGCCGCUGAGGAGGAGGAAGACGAGGCAGAAUCAACGACAAGCUUCAGGCUCGCAUCAGGUAGCCAGGACGGUCAGGUCAAGAUCUGGGACUUGAAUAAGCGCAGCUGCGUUGCAACACUGAACUCCCACGUGUCCGACGUCCAGGGACUGGAUUACUCGCCGGCUCAGAACGCCAUAGUCACCGCCAGCAGAGACAAGACCCUUGUCUGGUGGGAUACGAAGUCAUGGAAGAUCCGCAAGGUAGUCCCAUCCCUGGAGCUCUUGGAGGCAGCCGGAUUCUCCGAUGACGGUCAGCUCACUUGGUCGGCUGGCGCGAAUGGCUCUCUACGAGUCUGGGAGACAGAUACCGGCCGCGAAGUCACACCCAAGCAGCCCGCCAAGAGCGAAGAGGAGGCUUUCGUGACUGGAAUCUACCGGCCAGGUUUACCUUUUAUUCUUCUCGUUCAAGUUGACCAUACACUGGUCCUCUUCCCAGUCCCAAAGAAGACGGAUACUGGAUCACUAGCAGUCCCCGAGCCUCUUCGUCGCAUUUCAGGAACUCAUGAUGAAAUUAUCGACCUGGCAUAUCUCCUACCCGACAAUUCAUUAAUGGCGCUAGCUACAAAUUCGGAGGAUAUCCGCAUCGUGUCUGUUUCGGAGGCAGCCUCAGCCAAGGAGGGUCAAGAAUGGGAACCCCAGACGACACCCCAUUUUGGCCAGGACAUCGGGCUACUAAAGGGCCACGACGAAAUCGUCAUCACUCUCGAUGUGAACUGGUCUGGUCAUUGGGUCGCGACCGGAGCAAAGGACAAUACAGCGAAGCUUUGGCGCAUCGACCCGGCAAACAAUCAAUUCACAUGCUGGGCUACAUUCUCUGGUCACGCCGAAUCGCUUGGUGCAGUAGCACUCCCAAAGACUGUUCCGCAGGAAUCAUCGGCCGCCCGAACCGACCCCCUCAACCACCCGCCCUCCUUCCUCAUCACCGGCUCUCAAGAUCAGACCAUCAAAAAAUGGGAAAUUCCGCGAGUUCCACAAGAAAAGGGCCACAAGACAGGUUCCAGAGCCACCUUCACACGCAAAGCGCACGACAAGGACAUCAAUGCCAUUAACGUCCAGAGCUCGGGCGCCCUUUUUGCGUCGGCUUCACAAGAUAAGACUGUCAAAGUCUGGUCGGUCGGAGAAGGCGAAGUACAAGGAAUCCUUCGUGGCCAUAGGCGCGGCGUCUGGUCCGUACAGUUUUCCCCCGCUGGUAUGCCAGCUCUGCAGGCCGACGAUGGCCCAGUCACUAGCAAGGGUGUAAUUCUCACCGGUAGCGGUGAUAAGACGGUGAAGAUUUGGAGCCUGGCGGACUACACCUGCGUGAGGACCUUUGAAGGUCACACAAACAGCGUGUUGAAGGUUUACUGGCUCAAUAUGCCAGAAGAGCAGGGCAAAGGCAAGAAGCCAGUCCAGUUCGCAAGUGCUGGAGGUGACGGUCUCGUCAAGGUGUGGGAUGCCAACUCUGGAGAGACGGAAUGCACCUUAGACAACCAUGAGGACCGUGUCUGGGCGCUCGCCGUCCACCCCGAAAAGAACACCAUCGUCUCAGGCAGUGGUGACUCUACAGUCUCUUUCUGGAACGACACCAGCUCAGAAACCCAGGCGGCGGCGUCACAAGCGGCCCUUCAGCUGGUGGAGCAAGAACAGGAAUUACAAAAUCACAUCCGUGCUGGUUCAUACCGAGAAGCUAUCACGCUGGCCUUGCAGCUCAACCAUCCUGGCCGGCUCUUGAGUCUGUUCACCUCGGUCGUCACCAAGUCUCCACCGGAUCAGGGCAGCCUGAGUGGUGUGAAGGCUGUCGACGAGGUUCUCGGAAGCCUAUCAGAUGAGCAAAUCUUCCUGUUGCUAUUAAGACUGCGCGACUGGAACACCAAUGCCCGGACAGCGCCGGUAGCACAAAAAAUCCUUUGGACAUUAGUGCGCAGCUACCCUGCUUCCAAGUUUUCUCACUUGUCAGUACGGGGUGCCAAGGGUCAGAAAAGUCUCCAAGAGGUGCUUCACGCGCUCAAGGCGUAUACGGAAAGACACUACAAGCGAGUGGAGGAGUUGAUGGACGAGAGUUAUCUGGUCGAGUAUACCCUGCAAGAGAUGGACAGCCUGGCCUUGACAUUGCCAGAAGACUCUGACGAUAUAUUAAUGAACGAGGCUGGUGAAAGUGAGGACGCCAUCAUGGUUGGCUAA